GCAUGGCCCCCGGUUCAAUUAUCAAGAUCUGAAUCCUCAUCAUCACCACAAGCCAAUUGCCCGGCUCUGUACUCGAUUCAUCUCAGUGUUCACUUGCGAAUACUCCAUCACCAUGGCUGGACAAGGCAAUCUGGCAGGGCUGUCCGAUGACACGCCCUGGUACACGCAUAGCUAUCUCCGCAAGCUGAACUUUAUCACGCUGUCUCUAGUCUUGUUCUCCUCUGCAAACGGCUACGAUGGCUCCAUUAUGGGAGGUAUCCUGGCCCUCCCCAUCUGGAAGGAUUUCAUGGGAAACCCUUCCGGUGUGUAUCUGGGCUGGAUCACCGCUAUUUACUGGCUGGGUAACGGCAUUGGCUUCCCGGUGGCUGCUUGGGUCUCCAACCGCUACGGACGCAAGCCCGGUAUCUACGUCGGCUACCUGUUCCUCAUCCUCGGAGUUGGCAUGCAGACCGCUGCUCAAAACGAAAAGACCUUUACAGUUUCUCGACUGUUUAUCGGUAUCGCGGCUUCGUGGUUGGGCAACGCCUCGCCUCUGCUUAUCAACGAGAUUGCCCACCCCAAGCAACGCUCCGUCGCCAACGCGCUCUACAUGUGCGGCUGGUACGUCGGAGGUACUCUCUGCGGCUGGGUUACCUUUGCUUGCCGAAACAUUCCCUCUAGCUGGUGCUGGCGUGUUCCGGUGCUGAUCCAGGUUGUUCUCCCGCUGGUUGCGCUUCCCGGCCUGCUCAUGUCCCCCGAGAGCCCCCGAUGGCUCAUCAGCGUUGGCCGGAAAGAGGAGGCGACGGAUAUUCUUGCCAAGUUCCAUGCUGGUGGUGACAGAGAGAAUGCUAUUGUCACGUACCAGGUGACCGAGAUCGACAACACCAUCACCGCCGAAAAGGAGGCCUCCUCUAGCACCUCAUACUUCGAUAUGAUCAAGACUCCCGGUAACCGCCACCGCCUUUUCAUCUCAAUCUCUCUCGGUGUACUGGCCCAAUGGGUGGGAAAUGGCGUCGUGUCGUAUUAUCUUCCUCUUGUCCUCACAUCCGUUGGUGUCAAGUCCGUCACGGACCAGACCCUCAUUUCUGCAUGCCUCAACGUGUGGAACUUGCUCUGGGCAGUUGCUGCAGCCACCAGCGUCGAUCGACUGGGCCGUCGCUUCCUUUUCCUGACUUCUGGAAGUGUCAUGUUGGUUAGCUUCAUCAUUGUCACCGGCUUGAGCGGCGCCUUUGCGACGUCGGGUUCGUCGACCGUUGGCACUGCCGUCAUCCCCUUCCUGUUUAUUUUCUUCGCUGGAUACGACGUUGGAAUGACUCCUCUUCUUACUGCCUACCCUUGCGAGAUCUGGCAGUUCAGCCUCCGAUCUCGUGGGUUUGCCGUGUCCUGGUGCUCUACCGUUGCAGCCAUCUUCGUCAACACCUUUGUCAAUGCCAUUGCUCUUGACGCUAUUGGCUGGAAGUACUACUUUGUCUUUAUUGUCAUGCUCAUCAUCCUCCUCCUCUGCGCCUACUUCGGCUACCCCGAGACCCGAGGUUACACCUUGGAACAGAUUGCCGUCAUUUUCGACGGUGAGGAUGCAAUUGUGCCUCAUGCGUCUGAGAAGAUUGCGGAAGUUGAGCAUGAUAGCAAGGAGUUUGAUAGCAAGGCUGAGCACAAGGUCUAGAUGUUAAGAGUAUUAGCCUUGGGUGGGUGGAACAUACUGUAUCCAAGGCAAUACAAAAUAAUGGCAUGUUUAAUGCAUAUAUAGUAAAUCAACGUUCAGGUUUGAGACACUCUUGUUUAGUGGACUGG